ACUUGUCAAAGUAGCGGAAAUUGGUUAGAAUUUUAAAAAUUCACCACGCAGAAUUUUUCCCAAAAAAAUUAUUAUUUUUUCAAUAAAAUUAAUAAAUGGAUCCGCGGAUUGAUAGCUCCAAGUGGAAGCCCCGUCAAACCCGUGGAACUCCAUCCUACAGAUACCGCAGCUACUUUGCCCUCGGCGUCCUGGCAGUUGGUCUUGCAACUGGAUUGUUCGCAGUUUUAAAUCCCCGCUUCUCGAAAUAUUACGAAAUUAUCGAACCAAAGUUGCGGAAUACGGAAGAAGAUUACGACCAGAGAGCUCUCCUGGGAUUCGUGGCGCAGAAGACAGAGAAGCAGCUGAAGGAGGUCAUUGAGUUGCAGAAGAAGAUGCUGAGUGACCGAUAAGAUGGACAAGAAGAGAGAUAAAUUCGCAAAACUCCGGUCAAAAAAAAUUAGCAAAAUGUAGGAGAAAAGUGAAAUACAUAAAUAGUUCUUUAAUA